AGUUCCCGGCAGGGUGGGUUUGCCCGCAGCCCCUCUGGAGCUGGCAGGAGAGGUGAGAAAAGCUCCAGGGUGACUCUGUUUGUUGACUCGUGCGGUUGCUUGCAGGAGGGUGCUCGGGGACAGCUCCUCAGCUCAGACCUGCACAGAGUCACCUGCCCGGGGACAACGAACCUGGGAAUAACGAACGGUCCCAGCUCCAGAGGGAGCAGCAGGACGAGCCUGGGGAACAGCCCGGCUUCCACUCCAAGGAAACCUGGAAAGACAUUACUCGUCUGGGACGCUCGGGGGGUUCCCGGGGAGGAAGGGACACAACCCCCAGCCACCUCCCAGAGGGUGAUGCGGUGGCUUUUGGGUUUUAAGCGGGUUUCCUGGGCAAGGAGCAGGCGGCUGGGCCAACAGAUGGGAUUUGGGGUGGGAGUGGGGAUGGGAUUGGGGAGGGGAUUUGGGAUGGGAGGGGAUUGGGUAAGCGAUUGGGGAUGGGAGCGGAGGCUCGCGCCAGCGGUGGGCGUGGCCCGGCACUGAUGGGCGGGGCCUGCGGGGAUGGACAGUUGAGCUCCGCCCAUACGGGAAUGGCCGAGCGCAGUCGGGUGAAGCCGAACACAAUCGGGUCACGCCGAACGGACGAAGGCACGCCGCUCCAGCUCAGCCGGCUAGAGCCGAACCGAGCCGAACGCAGCCGGCGGAGCCGGUUGGAGCCGAUUGGACUCGAACGGAGCCGGGCAUAGCCGAUUGGAGCCGAGCAGCGCCGAGAGCCCCGGGACCGCCCGCGCUGCUGCAUGGCCGGGAAGAAGCUGAUCGUGGUGUUCGGGGCCACCGGGGCCCAGGGGGGCGGCGUGGCCCGGGCGCUGCUGGACGAUGGCACCUUCAAGGUGCGCGCGGUGACGCGGAGCCCCAGGAAGAAGAAGGCGGAGGAGCUGAGGCGCAGGGGAGCCGAGGUGGUGAAGGCAGAUCAGGACGAUGAGGCAUCGCUGGAGCGGGCCUUGGCGGGUGCCUACGGAGCCUUUAUUGUCACCAACUUCUGGGAACACUGCAGCAAGGAGAAGGAAAUCGAGCAGGGACAGCGUCUCGCUGACCUGUCCAAGCGCCAGGGUCUGCACCACGUCGUGUUCAGCGGCCUGGAGAACGUGCACCAGCUGACAGGGGGCCGGCUGGAGGUGCUGCACUUUGAUGGCAAAGGCGUGGUGGAAGAGUACUUCCAGAAAAUUGGGGUUCCCACCACCAUCAUCCGGCUGCCGUUCUACUUUGAGAACUUCCUCUCCAUCUUCAAGCCACAGAAGGCCCCGCAGAGAGACACCUUUGUCCUGGAGCUGCCCAUGGGGGACACCCCCAUGGAUGGGAUGGCUGUGGAGGACCUUGGGCCCAUUGUACUUUGCCUGCUGAAGUCCCCAGGGGAGUACAUCGGCCAAGUGAUAGGACUGAGCACGGGCAAGCUCACCGAGGCAGAGUAUGCUGCCAUCCUCUCCCAGCAGACGGGCAAGACUGUGACAGCCAGCAAGAUCUCCCCUGAGGAGUACGAGAAGCAGGACUUCCCUGGGGCCAAGGAGACAGCUGCCAUGUUCCGUUUCUAUGCCCUAAAACCAGACCGCAACGUGGCCCUGACCAUGAAGCUCAACCCCAAGGCCCGCACCUUCCAGCAGUGGGUGGGGGACAACAAGAAUGCCUUCUGAGCCUCCUCUCCCUCCCUGGUUUCUGCAGCAGGUAGAGGGACCUGGCUGAGGAGGUGAGGUACCCUGAGCCAUGCUGCCUUCCCAGUAGUGCCCCAGGGAGAGGUUGGUCCUGCCCCAGCUGAGGAGAGCUUUGCCCAGUUGCUGGUCCAUGUGUGUGCUCCUGCAGCAUGGUUGGGAAUAUUUAGGCAGCUAGAACAAGAGGAAGGGCCGGACAGCAUAGGCAGAGGGGUGGCAGAAGCACUGCCUUUGCACCCUGUCCUCAGGGAGGUGUUGCUUUAGUCAUUGUGGGUGUUUUAGGGUGGUGGGGGCUAGUUUUCCCAGGAUCACCUCCUUUCCCAGGCAGCUCUGAGCAUAUGGCAGCAGGUGAAGGUGCCAAAGGCUGAAGGUGUUUAACCCUGGGCCCCAAAGGCAGUGCCCUUGUGGCAGGUAUCCAUGGCCAGGGCUGCUGCAGGCUCACAAGCAAACAGAAGACAGGGAUUUCUCCAUGGAUCUGGUUUGGGCACUGCGGGUGAGCCACUGGAAAGAAUGGAAGCUUAGUGUCACCCCAGCAAGCAGGGACUGCAGGGCCUUCUUGU